GACCACACAGCCGGGGCGGUGCAGAGGUGCUUUCUCUGCUGGAGGGAAAGGCCUGGCUUCUUCCUGAAGCUGCCCCGGGCCAGGGAAAGCAGCAUGGACGCAGGAGUGGUUUAUCCUCUGUCGGAGUCCCCCUCUGCCAAGAUGUCCCAGUCACCUCCGGCUGACGAAGGCAGCACGUUCGCCCACCUCUGGAGCACUCUGGAGCCAGACAGCACCUACUUCGACCUCCCUCCAGCCACCCACGCCGGCAGCAAUGAGGUCUCCAACCAGACAGAGGUCACCAUGGACGUCUUCCAGAUGAGAGGCAUGAACGACUCGGUGAUGUCCCAGUUCAAUUUGCUGAACAACAGCAUGGAUCAGAGCAUCGGCAGCAGAGCAGCCUCCACCAGCCCCUACAGCUCGGAGCACACCUCCAAUGUCCCAACGCAUUCUCCCUACUCGCAGCCCAGCUCUACCUUCGACGCCAUGUCCCCGGCUCCCGUCAUCCCCUCCAACACCGACUACCCCGGCCCACACCACUUCGAGGUGACCUUCCAGCAAUCCAGCACCGCCAAGUCAGCCACCUGGACAUACUCCCCCCUGCUGAAGAAGCUCUACUGUCAGAUUGCCAAGACAUGCCCCAUCCAGAUCAAGGUGUCCACGCCGCCGCCCCCGGGCACCAUCAUCCGGGCCAUGCCCGUGUACAAGAAGGCAGAGCACGUCACCGAGGUGGUGAAGCGCUGCCCCAACCACGAGCUCGGCCGCGACUUCAACGACGGCCAGUCAGCCCCUGCCAGCCACCUCAUCCGGGUGGAAGGCAACAACCUCUCGCAGUACGUGGACGACCCGGUGACGGGCCGGCAGAGCGUGAUGGUGCCCUACGAGCCCCCGCAGGUGGGGACCGAGUUCACCACCAUCCUGUACAACUUCAUGUGCAACAGCAGCUGCGUGGGAGGGAUGAACAGGAGGCCCAUCCUCAUCAUCAUCACCCUGGAGACGAGAGAUGGCCAGGUCCUGGGCAGGAGAUCCUUCGAGGGACGGAUCUGUGCCUGCCCCGGCAGGGACCGGAAGGCCGACGAGGAUCAUUUCCGGGAGCAGCAGGCGCUGAACGAGAGCGCGGCCAAGAACGGCAACGCCAACAAGCGCACGUUCAAGCAGAGCCCCCAGAGCAUCCCAGCGCUGGGGACUGGCAUCAAGAAACGGAGGCACGGGGAGGAGGAGAUGUACUACGUGCCUGUUCGGGGCCGGGAGAACUUUGAGAUCCUGAUGAAGAUAAAGGAGAGCCUGGAGCUGGUGGAGCUGGUCCCGCAGCAGCUGGUCGAUUCCUACCGGCAGCAGCAGCAGCAGCUCCUGCAGAGGCAGAGCCAGCUGCAGACACCUUCCUCCUAUGGACCCGUCCUCUCCCCCAUGAACAAAGUCCACAGCGCAGGGAUCAACAAGUUGCCCUCUGUGAACCAGCUGGUGGGGCAGCCAGCACAGCACGGCCCCGGCACUGCGCCCAGCCUGGGCCCCAUGGGACCUGGAAUGCUGAACAGCCAUCCCAUGCAGCCCAACGGGGAAAUGAACGGGGGCCACUCGUCCCAGUCCAUGGUGUCGGGGUCCCACUGCACCCCCCCGCCGCCCUACAACCCCGACCCCAGCCUCGUCAGUUUUUUAACAGGAUUGGGGUGUCCAAACUGCAUCGACUAUUUCACCUCACAAGGGUUACAGAAUAUUUACCACCUGCAGAACCUAUCCAUAGAGGAUCUCGGAGCACUGAAGAUCCCGGAGCAGUACAGGAUGAUCAUCUGGCGGGGUCUGCAGGAGCUCAAGCAGAGCCACGACUACGGGGCCCAGCAGCUGAUCCGCUCCAGCAGCAACGCCUCCACCAUCUCCAUCGGCAGCUCGGGGGAGCUGCAGCGGCAGCGGGUGAUGGAGGCCGUGCACUUCCGCGUGCGCCACACCAUCACCAUCCCCAACCGCGGCAACGCCGACGACUGGGCCGACUUCGGCUUCGACCUCCCGGACUGCAAAUCCCGCAAACAGUCCAUAAAGGAGGAAUUCACGGAGGGAGAGAUCAACUGAGCGGCUCCGGAGGCGGCAGCGAGAGACCAGGGGGGAGCCGAGCCCCCCAUGAAAUGUGUUUGCAGCCUCGGGCGCCUGGAGAAGGGUCAUUUUGUUGU